AUGCGCCCGCUCAUUCUCACCACUGAAACGUCUCCUCUUCCAUACCCUUCCCCCCUGUUCCCUCUCUCCUCCCUCCGUCUGCUUCGGUUCCUCUCUGCUCCACCCCUCUCCCCUCUCCCCCUCCUCUACAGAAUGCUCGUCUCCAUGCUCUCUAUCCCUCGGGAGGUUCUGUCUCUCGUGCGCCUGCAAUCCCUGCGGCUCUCUUCGUCCUCCAUUCCGCCCACGCGCAUGCCAAGCAUUCCCUCUAUCAUCGGCCAGCUCACCUCCCUCACUUCCCUCUCAGUGGCGGGCGGCUCAUUCCCUGCAUCCCUCUCCCAACUGAAGCAGCUCAAGUCAUUGAGCUUGGACGGCACUAUCUUCUCCUGCACCAUUCCCCACUUCUUCUCCCGCCUCACUUCCUUGAUACGCAUGGAGCUAACGCGGGUGGGCCUCUCGUCCUCGCUGUCCUCGGGCUUCUCGCGCCUCACCAACCUCAUCAUGCUCAACGGCAUUCACAAUCGCUUCUCUGGCAGCAUCCCGUCAACCAUUAGCCGCCUCUCAGACCUCUCCUACAUCUGGCUGGACAACAACAUCAUCACCGGCUCCUUUCCAGCUUCCAUCUCCAAGCUCCAAAACCUCGCCUUCCUGAGCAUGGAGGCCAACCGCCUCACAGGCAGUCUGCCACAAGCCAUCGGCAGGCUCUCGAGCCUGCAAGGCCUUGACCUCUCACACAACAGCAUCUCAGGCUCACUGCCAUCCACCAUGGGCAAUCCGAAGCUUCUUCGCUCCAUGCGAGCCGACAACAACAGCAUCACUGGAUCCAUCCCUCUCUCCUUCUCCUCUCUCACUACUCUCUCCUUCCUCUAUUUCAACCAUAACAGCCUCAGUGGCUCUCUGCCAACCAACUUCGCAAACUUCUCAGUCCUUCAUACCCUGAGCCUCUCCAACAACCUGCUUCAGGGCUGCAUACCACCUUCCAUUGCGCAUGCUCCCAAGCUGAAAAACCUCCUGCUCGCCAACAACCAGCUGUCAGGCCGCCUCCCUGAACCUUCCAUCACCAACCCGGCCUUUUUCACAUUCAACGUGCAAAACAACAACCUCUCCGGUCCAAUCACUGACUCUGUAUUCCCUGUCUCACCCACUCUCUACACCGUACAACUCGCCGGCAACAGCUUCACAGGGGGCAUCCCUGUCGUUCUUGCUCAAUGCCCCAACCUCAUGCACCUGAGCAUCAGCGAGGGCAUGGAGUGUCCUUCACCUGCUUCUGCGUGCACUCCCUCUCUCCGCUCCCCCCUCGCCUCCUCUGCUUCUCCGCUCGCCUUCUGCUCUCUCUGCCCCAACCCCACCCCCUCCUCCUCCCAGCCCACCCCCUCCUCCUCCCCCCUCGCCUCCUCUUCCCUCUCCUCCUCCCUCCCCUCCACCUCCCCCACUCUUCUCGCCACCACCACAGUCACCGCCGCCACCCCCAUCACCCCGUUACCCCCACCACCACCAUUUUCUACUGGUUAG